AUGGCCGCCUGCUACGGCAGCCUCGCCGACUUUGCCGAUUUCGCCGGAUGUGUGCGCGAUAGUACGGGGGAUGAGGCAUACCGAUACGUGUCGCCAUUACGGCCACGGCUUAAGGAUCGACAGAAUCCCAUGGAAGUAUACAACGACGCAGAGUUCUCGUGGCGGUACCGCUUUUCCAUGCAAGCUGUGCUACGGCUGUUGGAAAUGCUGUCACUGGUCCCAAAAGACAACGAACGCGUUCACCCCGUGCCGCCGCUGCUCCAGCUUCUAAUCGCGCUGCGAUUCUACGGCGCCGGAACAUUUCAGGUUGUCACCGGGGACCUCGUUAAUGUUUCGCAAGCAACUGUGUCUCGAAUAAUUGCACGAAUGAUUGCCGAGACUUUGUUCCCGCAGCUCGUGAAGUUGCCAAAUGCUAAUGAUUUGGCAUCCGUAAUGGAGGAAUUCUACACCAUCGCACGGUUUCCUGGUGUGAGCGGGUGCAUUGACUGGACUCAUGUACCCAUCAGAAGUCCCGGAGGAGAUGACGCGGAGGUUUUUCGCUGUCGAAAGGGGUACUUCUGCAUCAAUGGCCAGGUUCUGCUGGUGGCCUUCCAGCAUCAUCCCAUGACCAGUAGUCAGGCUCAUCAGCCGCGUCUUGACUACCUGCAGUAA